AUGUACAGUCCAAAUUACUCUAAUGGAGAUAUUAAUGGACAAAUUGGUGCUAUUCCACAAUAACCUGGAUAAUUAAUAUAAAAUGCAAAGUUUACAACAAAAAAAGAUUAUGCAACCUGGACUUAAGAUAUACCUCAAUUAAGGUAAAUUAUUCUAAUAUUACUACUUAUUCUAGACCAAAAUCUAGAGAAAUGGAAUUAAUGGAUCUACUACUUGUUAAUAAUAUUUCUAAAAAAUAAACUAGUCUUCCUUAUAUCAAUUAAAAUAGAUCUCCAAAACCUGAUAAUAUUUAAUCUUCUAGAUUACCAAUACCUAUGCAUCCUUAAUAUCAUCAUUUAAGUCCAUUUCCUCUUCCACAAGGAUAUCCUAUGCCAAAUAGUAACAAAUAUAUAUACAAUUUUAGUUAAUCAAAUUUAAUAAUAUCAGUAUUUUCCAUCUUCAUCUUAUGCUUCAAAUUAAAUUGUACACUUUAUUAAAUUAAUAUAGUAAGACCCAUAUACCUUAAUAAUAAAUGAUUCAUUCUAACAGAAAUUCAGAAUCUACUCUUGAAUAUAUGAAAGAAAUGAUUAAAAAAUAAAACGAAUUUCAGUCAAGAUAAGAAAAGUUAGAAUAAUAAAUAAUCAAAUUGAGAAAAAAGAAAUCACAUAAAAAAACAGAACAAAGUGAAUUGUCAUUUAAAUAAUAAAGGCUAUUUGAUAUACCUCCACCUAUUUAUCCAUUUGAAUAACCAAAAAUAAGAACAAAUAGAUAUGGUGAUAAUAAAAAAAUGAAGAAAAUAAAUUAUUAAAUAAAUAUGCUUAAAGAACUUGUAUUUAAAUAGUAUCUAUUUAUAUUAGUAAUCAAUAAAGAAUAUCAAUAAUGGAAUACUUGAAAGUGAUAGUUAAAAAUCCAGUGAACCUAGUGUAGAGUAUGUAUAAAAACCAAGAAAGCAAAGACUUAAACCAGUUCCAAUUCCACCUUAUUUUGAUUAGACUUAAGAUGAAUAAAGAUUGAAGGAACUAAUCAAAUAAAAUUACAACUAAAAAAUAAAAAGAAUUUCUAAAUUGUUUUCAUAUUUAGUUUUUAAAAGAAAUGAGUUGAUCUAAGGAACAAAAUUAAAAAAAAAAAUAUCUUAUGAAAAACUUCCUAAAUUGUUAAAUGAAUAUUAAACAGAAUUAAUGAGAUUUUCAGUUACUGUUAGUGAUCCUUUGGUUUAGAAAAUGGCUUAAUAAAAUAUUAAUUUAAGAGUAGUUGAAACUUAAGGAUAGAAAGUGUCUCCUAAGCAAUUAAUCUAAAAUUCUAAUAAUUUAAAAUAAUAUAUUUCAGAUGUAUUUCAAGUGGUUUAAAAUUAUACUUUAAAAAAAAGUUCUUUAGAAUAUCUUAGUAAAAUAACGUAAGAUUAUGAAUUCCUAUAAUAAAAUUAUCAUUCAAAAUUCGAAUUAACAAGAUUAUAAUAUGGAUCUACAGGAUGUCUUAAAAAUAUGAAACCUACAACUCAAAAUAUGAUGAUAAUUAUGAAUUUUUGGAUUAAAUAUUUCAUUCCUAUGAGUUUUCCUGAAACUUAAAAGUUUAUUAAGGAUAUAAAUGAGGCGAUGUAAACAAAUUUAAAAACAAUAGUAUCAGCAUUAUAUCAAAUAGCUUUGCAAACAUGCAAAAAUUUAGCUUAACCUAUUCCCAAUAAUACUAAAGAGAUUUAAGAAGAAAACAUUAUAAAAGAAAAAAGUCCCUUUUUAAUAAAAUUAGAAUAAUUCAAAGAAACUUAAGAGGAAAUAAAUUUACUAUCUAGAAUAUAAUAAGAGAAAUUAGAUGAACCUCUCAUACAUCCAGUUUAUACUUUGAGAGAAAUGGAUAAAUUGUAAUGAAAUUAUAUUAUAUUAAUAGUUUUGAUAAUGAAAGAUCAUUUAUAAGUGAUAAAAUCUAAUAAUUAACUAAUUGGUGUAAUGGAGUAAUGGGAUUAAUUAAUGAUUUAAAAUAAUAAGAAAGACAAGAGUAUUAAAAUAAAAAAAAGUAAUAAUUGGAAUAAUUAAAUUAAAAAGUGAUUGAACCAAAAAAAAAAUAGGUGACAUAAAUUAUAAAGGAUUAGAAAUUAUUAUAUUAAUAAAAUACUUAAGAAAUAAAAUAAUUAAAAUAAAAGAUUCAAGAGGAGAAAGAAAAGAAUCAAAAAAUGAAAAAAGAUUAUGAGGAAGCUUUAAAAAAACAUGAAGAAAGAUAAGAAAAAUUAAUAUUAUUAGGUGUAAAAUGA